CAGUUGAUGUGUGCGCAGAACACAGAAGAGAAACUUCCUUGACUGCAGAGUUCAAUGUUCAGACAGUGCAGCGAGGACGCCUUUUCACACUGCUGUACACAUGAACCCAUAGAUAAACUGGGAGAUUUAUGAGAGAACCAUGAGCCGUGGAUCUAAAUCUAAACCGGAGGGUGCCCGGAGCUCGCUGCUGAAUGUGCAGGAGAAUGAGCAGUUGGAGGAGCUGACGGGCAGAAGAUGUUUUUCCAUGUCCACUGCAGUAGCACAGCUGUUCAUGGCUCUGCCCCACAGUCCCUCCAUGUGGAGCCUGCAACACACUGGAGUGGUGUGUUUCAUCAAAGACAACCCUCAGCGCUCCUACUUCAUACGGAUGUUUGAUUUGAAGACACAGAGGCAGAUUUGGGAGCAGGAGAUCUACAACCAGUUUGUUUACUCGUCGCCUCAGCCGUACUUUCACACCUUUGCUGCGGAUGACUGUCAGGUCGGAUUGAACUUUGCUGUGCAACACGAGGCAGAAGCUUUCCAAAAUGUUGUCGAGGAUAAAAUCAACCAGAGGCACACCCGGCAAGAUAAGAAACAGCGCCCCCCGCCGCCGAGUGAUAGAAGUUCCCUGCCUCGACCACCACCUGAAAAAGCUUCACCUGGCAGCCCCGGUUCUUUACACAUGUCCACAGUGGACAUACAAAACCCAGAUAUCCAUACUUCACGCUACCGCUCCAUGCCUUCACCUGCUACCUUAUCUCUCAGUAAAGGAAAGAAGGAUAAGAAGAAAGGGAAAAAGGGGCCCAAACUCUCCAAAGCAGACAUAGGGGCACCCAGUGGAUUCAAGCACGUGAGUCAUGUCGGCUGGGAUCCCAACAACAUCGACCCUGAUCUGUGGCAGCUGCUGUCCCAAGCUGGGAUCAGUGAAGAUGAGAUGAGGGAUGAAAAGACCUCCCAGCUCAUCUAUAAUGUCAUCGAGCAGUCCGGAGGCAUGGAGGCGGUCAAGAGGGAGGUGAACAGAGCUGGCGGAGCUCCACCACCACCUCCACCUGGCAGACAAGGGCCUCUGCCUCCUGUGCCGGGCUCCUCUGCUCCAGCCCCUCCACCUCCACGAGGCCGCUCCGGCCCCCUGCCUCCCCUGCCAGGCCAGUCACCUCGAGGGCCCCCGCCCUCCAACCCGCCUCCUGCACGUGGAGGAGUUCCACCCCCGCCCCCGGCAUCAAGCAGAGGUGGUCCUCCGCCACCGCCUGCACACUCGGCACCUCCUCACUUCCCCUCAGCACCACUCCCAAAGUCCUCUCAUGUCUCACCCUCGAUACCCUCCCACAACCUGCCUCCUCCCCUGCCGCCUAGCCAGCAGCGCUCCGCGGGUCCCCCACCUCCUCCUGUUCCGUCUAUGCCCAGCAGAGGAGGUGGAGGGCCUCCUCCUCCGCCCCCUCCACCCUCCAUUUCUUUAGAUUUCCCUCCUCCUCCUCUUUCUGGGGGCCCACCAACCAUGCCAGCACCCGCCCCUGCACCCGCCCCUGCAUCCGGAGGAGAACAAAACGCCAGAGGAUCUCUGCUGGAUCAGAUCCGACUGGGGAAGAAGCUCAAAAAUGUGAUAGACAGUCCUGAUUCACCUGCACAAUCAGACUCAGGUGAGGGCAUCGUUGGUGCUCUCAUGAUGGUCAUGCAGAAGAGGAGUAAAGCUAUCCAUUCCUCUGAUGAAAGUGAAGAUGAAGGUGGAGAUGACGACGAAGAUGACGACGAAUGGGACGACUGAUGUGGAAGUUGUGUGGAUUUCAAACUUAUAGAAACCUCUUCAUUGCAAUUCUGGUAUAUGUUGGAUUUCAAGUUCAAUUAUUGAUAAUAAAACUUGAAUGUGACUUGAGGUCAAAUAAUUCAAUGUAAAUAACUUGAGAGUGAAAUAAAACAAGUUUAA